GCCUUGUCCCCGAGGAUGACGGACACAUCUCCUGUGCUGCUCCUCCUGCUCAGCCUGGGGCUCUGCUGCCCUGGAGCCCUGGGCCAGAAGUACGUGACGGCGCCCAAAUUCUAUGACAGCAAGACCACACACCCCCAGAGAGGAAAGCUGCUGAAGCUGGUGUGCAUGAAUUCCUUAGACAGCGGCGUCUCCUGGAUCCGCCAGGACAAGGCUGGGACCCUUCACUUCAUCGUCUACAUUUCCACCUUGUCCAAGACAACUUUUGAAGGGAGCCAGAAAACAUCUUCACGCUUUCAGGUGUCAAAGAGCGGCACAUCCUAUCAGCUGCAGGUCAAUUCCUUCGAGGCACAGGACGAGGGGAUCUAUUUCUGCACCGUCAACUUCAACCAAGCACUGUACUUCAGCUCUGGCCUACACGUCUUCUUCCCAGUCACGACGACAGCGGCGCCCGUCACAGCUGUGCCCACCACCCAGAGCAGCCAAGUCACCAAGAGGGACGUCUGCCUGCAGAGCCACGAGGCAGAGACAAGUAAGGAGAAAGAGCUGAAUUUAUUCUGUGAGAUUUUCAUCUGGGUUCCUUUGGCUGCUGCCUGCAUCCUGCUGCUCGUUGCCCUGGUCAUCACCAUCGUGCUGUGCCAAAAAACCAGGCGACGAAGAUGCAGGUGUAAGAGACCUGCAAACGGGAAGCCCAAAAUGAAACCCAACAUGCCAAACCAACAGAUAUGAGCAUCUGCACCUCUUGGCUUCUGGAUCCCCUUCCGGGAGCUAUCGCUGCAAAUGCCCAUCACCUACACGAUCCGUAUGGCUACUACUUCACUCUAUCCUGAGAAAUUGGAAAAGACAAGUGUCCAGAUGGAGCAGGGACACGUGGAAGGCAAGCAGGUGCUUCCUCUGCGAACUGCAUGCCAAAGCACAGCUCCGUCCACAGCCUGAGUUUUUCAAAUUGAUUCCCAAGGCCAAAUGUCGCCUUUAAUCCCAAUGACAGAGCUCUGGUUCAGGCAGAAGAACCAGGUCAAUCCUGAUGCCAA